AUGGACAUCCGCAUCGACUCGGCGCGCGGACGUCCGCAUCGACUGGCGAAGGCGGACGCCGGCGCUACGCCUGCAAUCGGCGCGCGUGGGGCUAGCGCGGUGCCUCCUCGCUCCUCGCUCUCCAACCUGAGUUCGCUCUCCAGCUUGAGCUCGCUUUUCAGCUUCAUGCUCGCCGGCGCACCGAACAGCGGCGAAGAGCGUGUCCUGCUGGUGAGUGCGACGCGCUCGAAUGCGAGGUGUGGGCUAGCAGAAGCGGGGUGUCGACCAGCAGAUGCGGGGUGCCAACCAGCAAAUGCGGGGUGCCGACCAGCAGAUGCGGGGUGCCGACCAGCAGAUGCGUUCCACGCCCCGCCGUGA